AUGGAUAUUAAAAACAAUAACGUACCUGUAGUCGUCUCCCUAGAUCAAAUCAGAAAUGGAGUUGAUUUUGAAACUCUUGACAAGGCAUUUGGAUCAGAUUCAUUAGGAAUCCUUUUAGUGAAUGGCUUACCAGACGAAUAUAAGAGGUUAAGGCUUGAUGUCUUGAAAAGUGCCUCAGUUUUGGGAAACCUUCUGGCUAAAGAAUUGAGUUGCUUAGAGCUGAAGGAAUCUUCGUGGCUCAUAGGGUGGUCUUGUGGAAAGGAGAUUUUAUCGAAAUCGAAAGAACCUGACUUCAAUAAGGGGUCCUAUUACAUCAACUGUGCCUUUCAUACAAAUCCAGAUUUGGAGGGCCCACCACAGGAUGUUUGUGACAAGUACACCGAAUUCAAGAGUUAUACUUCCCCAAACAUUUGGCCAUCCAAAGAAACGAAUGGACUAGAGCUGUUCGAAAGUAAUUGCAAAAAAUUGUGUAAUAUGAUCAUUGACAUUGCAGAAAUUGUGGCGAAGAACUGCGAUAAUUACAUUCAAAAGAGCAAUAUCGAUUGUGAAAAGGGAUUUCUUGAAAGAGUUGUGAAAAAUUCAACCACCACAAAGGCUAGGCUAUUACAUUAUUAUCCUGUAAAUAAAGGAAGUAAUACUAAUGAUAGCUGGUGUGGAGAACAUUUAGACCAUUCUUGUCUUACUGGUUUAACAUCUGCAUUGUUUAUAGAUGAGUCGCAAGGGUUGACAUCAAAACUUUCUUCUUCUCCUGAUCCUGAAGCGGGCUUAUACAUUAAAAAUAGAGCUAGUGAAAUUGUAAAAGUUAAUAUUCCAAAUGAUUGUUUAGCUUUCCAAUCAGGUUCUGCUCUUGAAGAAAUAUCUAAGUCUUCUUUUAAAGCAGUACCUCACUACGUGAAAGGUACAUCAAUGGCAAAUAUUGCAAGAAAUACGUUAGCCGUUUUCUGUCAGCCUAAUUUGGAUGAGCUUGUAAACGAAAACCAAGAUUUUGCUCAGUACGCUCAUAGCAUAAUAAGAGGGAACCACUGA